AACUGCCCUAUCGGCAGUUGGUGCGUUCCACCGCUCACUCGUCGCCCCAGCCUUGUCAACGGAUGCAAAAAGAACCCCUUACUCCUUUUGUUCUAAAAAGGUAAUUUCAGAAGGAUCGCUGACUUACUGGGUGUACAGCUGCAUUGCCGCGCUCAAGGUAUUUCCCGUGUGGUGGUCGGAGGUUGAUUCGCAGUAAUGGGGGUCAAGGCUGCCCUUCCGAAGUAUGAGCUGUACUUCUACAAUUUUGUGCUCUACAUGGCAAUGCUGUGGGCUGCAACCUGGAUCUAUGACGUGUCCAGCACAAACACCAACCGGAAAACCUUCAAGCCCAGUGUGAAGCCAGGAUGGUACUACGUCGGUCGGAAAAUGGACACAGAAGACUUUGAGUGGGUGAUGUGGUUCUCCACAUUUUGGGAGCACAUUCUCUUCGCCCUGUCUGGUCACAUUAUCUUCGCCAAAAUCUGCUCUCUGCUGGCUCCACAGUACAGAUCCCUGGUGUUUAUGGUGUACGGCAUGCUGGCGGUCUUCACCAGCAUGGGCUGGGCCUACCUGACGCUUAUCCUCUCCCACUGCGUGCUGCUCUACAGCAUCUCGCUGGUCAAGCUCCGCUGGCUGUGCUUCACCGCCGGCCUCACCACGCUCGCCACCUUCAAGAUGGAGCCCUUCAUCUCCUGGCAGGAUGGCUUUGUGUCAGGGAACUUUGAGCUUCGUCACGUCUUCUUCUAUGGUGGCUGUGGCUUUACCAUCAUGAGAUGCAUGAGUUUCGCCCUGGAGAAUUGUCAGAGGAGGGAGGGCAACUUCAGCUUUCUGGAGCUGCUCAAGUACAACUUCUACCUCCCCUUCUUCUACUUCGGACCUAUCAUGACUUUCGAGAAGUUCUACGUACAGGCCAAUAACCCCAAACUGAUCCGGAAGGAGGGGGAAAUGUGGAAAAUCUCUUUGUCAGCCCUCCUCAACUUGUCAGCCAUCUUGGUGGUGGACGUGCUCCUCCACUUCAUGUACAUCCGGACGAUCCCUACUGACGCCAAGCUCCUGAAGAACCUCUCUGACUGGGCUUUGAUUGGCCUGGCAUAUAUAAACCUGGUCUAUGACUGGGUGAAGGCAUCUGUCAUGUUUGGUGUCAUAAAUACAGUGUCUAGACUGGACCACCUUGACCCACCCCAACCUCCCAAGUGUAUCACAAAUCUCUAUGUGUUCUCCGAGACGCAUUUUGACAGAGGGAUUAAUGACUGGCUUUGCAAGUAUGUGUAUAACUACCUGGGUGGGAAGCAUGAAAACAUUCUGGAGGAGCUGAUCGCGACCCUCUGCACCUACGGGAUCACCCUGCUGUGGCUCGGCCCGGGCUGGGUGGUGCUGCUCUGGGCCUUCCUCAACUGCUUCGGCCUCAACUUUGAGCUGUGGACCAUCAAGCUCUUCUCCAUGGAGCCGUUCUCAUCGAUUGAGAUGUCAAUGUCAGAUUCUAUGUCACGGAGGAUCCGAGCCCUCUUCAACACUUUUAACUACUGGACAAUCGUCCUCUACAAUAUUUUGGCUCUGAACAGCCUUGACUUUGCCAAAAUGGUUGCCAAAAGAUUGUUCCUCAAAGGCUUCCCCCUGACCACCAUCAUGGUGAUGUUUGUCACCUACUGUCUGGUCCAGGUGAUCAAGGAGAGCGAGAGGAAGCAGGCUCUGAUCGAUGACCCUGACCCCAUCCCCCCACCCCCACCCGCCCCCCCGGCCACAGACCCCACCCAGGCUGCUGAUGCUACCGAUGAAGCUGUGGAUCCCAAUAAGGAGAAGACCGAGUAGAGAAGGAGAUUAGACUGAAUAGGAUCUGUACUUUUAAAUGGUUUUAAGAUUGACUCCUGCUGCCUAUUGGUCAAGAGCUACAAGUACAUGUGUGAAAUGGGUCAAAAGGGAAUGACUCGACUGGAAUGAUGUUUGGGAUAGGGACACUGAUAACUGAUGUUUUUAGACUUUUAUUCGGAGGGCAGUGUUACACAUAAAUGUAAAAAAAAACACAUGAAAGCAAUGAAAUAUGUUGGAAAGACUGAUUUAAAAUAAUUUUGAGCAUUUUAUUUGCAGAUUCUCUGGCUCACUGUAGCUAUGCUGUUUACAUGAGAUGCUGCCCAUAGACUAAGAUUUUAUAUCAAGUUUUUAAAACAAAGAGCUACUUUUACUGUUUAUCAUCUGUAAAUAAUCCUCACUACUGACCUAGAUUACCAUCAAUGGAGAAAUAAUCUGUUAAUAGCAAUCUGUUUUUAAGACAGAGGAAAGAAUGUAUUUUGGAUUAGGCCAAAUAUUCUACACUGUCUACUGAUGUAUGUAAAGUUCAUUAAACCACUAACUGGUUUUAAAA